AUGAACAAGACCCUGUACGAGUUGGGUGCGGAGAUCGACCUGUCCUACAACAAGCUGACGGACCUGCCCACCGCCAAGAUCAAGAGCCCCGCCCUGCGCCGGCUCGACGUGUCACACAACCAGAUCGCCGUCAUCCCGGACAACAUCGACAAAGUCUACACGCUCGUCUAUCUCAACCUCUCUUAUAACGAGCUGGAGGUAAUUCCCCGAGAGCUGGGUUUCCUCAAGUACCUGCACGAGCUAGACAUCUCCCACAACCGUCUGACGGCGCUCCCGGAGGAGAUGUGUACCCAGGCCUACUCCCUGGUCAUCCUCAACGCCUCGGACAACGCCCUCACUGUCCUGCCGGUGGAUAUCGGCAAGAUGAAAGUGAUGGAGGAUCUGAACGUGGGGAACAACCAGAUUGAGAUGCUGCCUGAAGAAAUCACAGACCUGAAAUAUCUCAAGAAAUUUGACAUCUCGGGCAACAAGCUGACCACUGUGGACGUCCUGUCCAGUCUCAAGGCCAUCGAGGAGCUGCGUGUUGCUAAAAAUAGCAUCACGGCUCUCCCGGAAGAUUUGCACAGGCUGAAGCAACUCAUCACGUUUGAUUUCUCUGACAACUACAUCAAAGCUAUACCUAGCACACUCAACAGAAUUAUCUCGCUGAAGGACAUUGUGGCUGCCAACAACAAGAUCGACGCCAUCCAGGACUCCCUGGGGAAACACCAGCUGCUUCGAACCCUGGACCUCACAGGCAACAGGACAGUCAGUCCGACUGAGCAAAACUGGACCCCAGACAAUCUGGACCUCAAUCCUCUGGGCUUUCACCAUUGGGGAUGUUUGAAGUACAAGAUUCGUGGAGAAAACCUCGGAAAGAAUCCAAGACUUGAGAGAAACCAUCAUGGAGAGCACAAGAAGAGAGAAUUCUCCCGAGCAGUGGCAAACGAGGCAGGGGUAUGCUCAGAGCAACUUAGAUAG